UGGGCUCCUGGUAUUGUCAGUCUUAGCGGAUGAUCGGCCCCCUAGCGGAGCAGGCCGAGGAGGCCCUGACACCUGCCCCAAUGCUGCGGUUGCAACGGAGACAGAAGGCUCGGAGCUGCCCCCUCUCGGCCGCCUUCUGAGGACUUUCCCCGAUAGUAGGCCCUGAGCCGCAGCUCCCAGGGCCGGCGGUCACUACUGGACUACAGCAGCAUUGUCUCCAUCACCACCCCCAGUUCGCAGACCUGUGACUGUGUGAGCAAAGCCACCCUUACAACCCAUGUGCAUCAUCUUCUUUAAGUUUGAUCCUCGUCCUGUUUCCAAAAAUGCAUACAGGCUCAUCUUGGCAGCCAACAGAGAUGAAUUCUACAACAGGCCCUCCAAGUUGGCAGACUUCUGGGGGAACAACAAUGAGAUCCUCAGUGGACUCGACAUGGAGGAAGGCAAGGCAGGAGGAACAUGGCUGGGCAUCAACACGCGUGGGAAGCUGGGGGCCCUCACCAACUAUCUGCAGCCCCAGCAAGACCCAUAUGCCCGUGGUAGAGGUGAACUUGUGACUCACUUUCUGACCGGUGAUAUGGACAGCCUUUCCUACCUGAAGAAGGUCUCUACAGAGGGCCACCUGUACAACGGCUUUAACCUCCUGACAGCUGACCUGAGCACAACAAAAGGAGAUGUCGUUUGCUACUAUGGAAACCGGGGGCAGCCCGAGCCUGUUGUCUUGGCACCAGGUGUAGCUCAAGGGAAGUGGAGAGCAGCCCCCAGGGGUGGAACCUAUGGGCUAAGCAAUGCCCUACUGGAGACGCCCUGGAGGAAGCUGUGCUUUGGCAAACAACUCUUCAUGGAAGUGGUGGAGCAGAGCGAGGCACUCCCUAAGGACACCCUUGUCACCCAUCUCCUAGAUGUACUCAACAAUGAGGAGGCACAGCUGCCAGACCCAGCCAUUGAGGACCAGGGCCGGGAGUAUGUACAGCCAAUUCUGAGCAAGUAUGCAGCCGUGUGUGUGCGCUGCGCCACCUAUGGCACCAGAACCAACACCAUCAUCCUUGUGGAUGCAGAUGGCCAUGUGACCUUCACAGAACGAAGCAUGCUGGACAAAGACGCCUCUCGCUGGGAGACCAACACCUAUGAAUUCACACUACAGAGUUAGCCCCACUGCAAGGAUGCUGUGCCUCAAGGGUCAGCAAGGAUAGGAACCUUCCAUGGCCACACUGCAUGUCUGUGACUCAGCCAGCAUCCCUAGGACCAGGACCCUCUGAUCUGUGUGUUACCAAUACUUGACCUCAUAACCAGCUCAGGGUUUGUCUAUACCAGUGGGGAAUGGCAGAGUUGAACACUAAGUUUGAGUCAGACCUGGAUGUGUCCUACACAUGUGCCGCACCUCAUGCUCAGUCCCACCACCACCACCACCACGUGUGUGCCUGGCUGACUAGCAGGGUAGUGCCUCUCACUUCACACGUUUGGCCAGUGAUCUCUUCCCUGAACAAAUAACAGAAGCAGGCUUUUUAUAGCAACUGGCCUUCCCUUUCCUGAAUGUAGAGCACAACUAUGCCUCAGUUCCUCAUGGCUAGACAUGCUCCUGCAGGAGAGCUGGUCAUGUUAGAAACUGAACGUGGCACAAGAAAAACCCACAUGGAUAGAUAAUGGAGAUAAUUGGAGAUCCUGUAGUUCUCUGUGUUAGGGGAUCCUGUGUGCGUUGGUCAGUCCCAUUGUGUGGACCCUGGAGUCCCUUAGACCCCUGCUUGCCCAGCAGGCAUUGUGGGUUCUGAGCAGGACCAUCUCAGCAAGUGGCUAAGCCAUCCCCUGCCAUCUCCCGUCUCCCUCUUCACAAGCUGGACUUCAUGUGAACAUGAGCUGUUGAUAAUAAAAUGUUGAGCUUGUGAUGGGUAAGGGUGUUUCAGAGUUUUUCCUUCGUGUGGAGGCAACAGUCAGAACUGGAGCUGUCAUGGUGGGUCAGAUGCCCUUCAGCGCUCUUUCUUCUGUUUACAUAACCUCAGGAGCACUGAUGGAUGCCUGUCAGGUGAUGCCAGGGUCGAAAGAACCUAUUGGUGAACCUGUGUGGGCUGCCACCACCAGGGUUCCCUC